AUGUCCUUUUCAAUACCUUCAAGAUCGCUUGCUAGAGCUUCACGAGUAUUGCCAAGGUCCAAUGGCUCCUGCUUCACGGCCUGUAGCCUCCAGCGUAGGACUUUGGCCGAUGUGUCUGGCGACAACAUGACCCUGCCCUUGAAGGGUUACAAGGUGCUGGAUAUGACGAGAGUUCUCGCAGGACCGUACUGCACGCAAAUUCUCGGCGAUUUGGGCGCAGAGGUUAUAAAGGUCGAACAUCCCACCAGAGGUGACGAUACAAGAGCAUGGGGCCCCCCAUACGCGAAGUAUAUUGAAGGCUCUGGCAGAGACGGCGCAGGUGAAAGCGCAUACUUUCUUGCCGUAAAUCGAAACAAGAAGUCUUUGGGACUAUCAUUUCAGCACAAAUCUGGCGUCGAGGUGCUACAUAGGCUAGCUGCAGAAAGCGAUAUUUUGGUAGAGAACUAUCUACCUGGAAGCUUGAAGAAGUAUGGGAUGGACUUCGAGACGCUCUCCAAAAUUAACCCGCGGCUGAUAUAUGCCUCUAUUACUGGAUACGGACAGACUGGGCCUUAUUCAAACCGGGCAGGCUACGAUGUGAUGGUUGAAGCUGAAUUUGGACUAAUGCAUAUCACUGGAAGUCGAGACGGUCCUCCCGUGAAGGUCGGUGUUGCUGUAACAGAUUUGACCACUGGGCUCUAUACCAGCAAUAGUAUCAUGGCCGCGAUUAUUGCUCGAGCAAGGACAGCUUCGAUCGUGCCAUAUCAAUCAUACAAGACCAAAGAUGGAGAUAUCCUGUUUGGGGGCGGCAAUGACCGGCUCUUUGGUAUUCUGUCAGACGGUCUCGGUCACCCAGAAUGGAAGAAUGACCCGAGAUUUGCGAUCAACGCACAAAGGGUAACCAACCGGAUAGAACUUGACGGAUCUAUUGAAGCUAUAACGAAGACGAAGACCACGAAAGAGUGGCUCGACGUUUUUGAAGGGAGUGGUAUGCCGUAUGCGGCAGUGAACGAUGUUCAAGGGACACUGAAUCACGAACAUAUCCUGGCCCGAGGUAUGGUCCAGGAGAUGGAGCACGAGGCUUGUGGGCCGAUAAGAAUGGUCAAUACGCCUGUCAAAUACAGCGAGAGUAAACCUAGCAUCAGGAGUGUCCCACCGAUGCUAGGAGAGCAUACUGAUGAGAUUUUGCGGGAUAACUUGGGCUUGAGCAAGAGUGAGAUCGAGGCCCUAAAAGCAGAGGGGGUUAACUACCGCCCCGGUGGCUUCCACCCCGUGCACCUUGACGACGUCUUCAAAAAGGGCCGGUACAUCGUCAUCCACAAGCUCGGUCACGGGGGCUUCGCGACCGUCUGGCUUGGCCGAGAUACGGUGCGCAAACGCUACGUCGCGCUCAAGAUCCUAGCUGCGCGUCUCUCGCGCGACUGUCCCGAGGUUGAAAUCCUGAGGAGGUUGAAGAAGAGUGAGGACCACAAGGGGAAGGCCUAUGUGAUGAGCUUGCUGGACCACUUCUGGAUUGAUGGCCCGAAUGGGCGGCAUUUGUGUGUGGUCAGUGAGGUGGGCGGACCGAGUAUUAAGCAGUUCAAUAAUUGUCCGGGUUUCGCGAGUGGAACGAGGAGGCUGAAAGGGGUGGUGGCGAGGAAGGUUGCGUUGCAGGCGGCGGAGGGGCUGGCGUAUAUACAUUCCACUGGUAUUGUUCACGGAGACUUCACUGCUGCGAAUAUCUUACUCCAACUCGCUAACAUCGACGAGUGGAGCGUUGAUGAAAUUCACGAGAGGUUGGGCAAGCCACAGACGCAAGCCCUGCAUAGAGCCUCUUCACAAGCGCACGGGUACACAGGCCCAGAAUACACAGUCACGGCUAUCAAUAUGAAGCUCGUAGAUUCUCGGUGGCUCUCUGGCCAGGUGAUCAUCAUCGAUUUCGGCAUUGCUUUCAUGGAAGAGCAGUCCUCAACUGAUAUCGGGACUCCGAAGAACUAUCGUGCGCCAGAAUUCAACUUCAAAGGUCCAAGGAGUAUCAGCUCCGAUAUCUGGGCGUUAGGGUGCACCAUUUUCGAGAUCCGCACAGGCUCGUGCUUGUUUCAAUAUCGAGGGUCCCCUACGCGAGACCAGAUGUUGGUCACCACUGUCAAGAUCAUGGGGAAGCUGCCUGCCAUGUGGUGGGACAAAUGGGAGGCAGGCCGGACCUGGUACGAUGUUGAAAUACAGUCUGGUGGACAGCUCGUGGACAUCGUGGCCGGGACACUUUUCCAAGAAAUUAUGAAGAUUGGUAUCCACGACGGAAACCCAGAGACCUCCCACCCAACUUUUAGAGAUCUAGGCUUCGGGGAAGACAACGUGAUCGAGCACGAGAGCCUGAAAAGAAAGCAUUCCUCCUCAGAAAAGCAUCUGAAUACUACCGAUGGUCUAGUAGCCCUUGUCGAAGAACUGACCACCAGCGAAGCGGAAGGCAUAGUUGCCGAUCUGGACAAACGCAGCCCCGAGUCCUCCCACCACGAGAAAAAGAAUUCCGGCACGGGUUCAUCGAACAAGAGCAAAAGCGGAGAUGCUCCAGGGUCGCCAAACCAGAAGAGUGGCAAUGCUAAUUCAGGAUUAUCCAAUUCGAAAAGUGGAGAUGGUUCGGGGUCGUCGAAUGCGAAAAGCGGGGAGAAGAGCAUCUCGUCUGAAGGAAUUCCCACGGGUCCUGCCCGUAAUCUGGGAGCAACGAUCGGGUCGGCUCUUGGGAUUAUGGAUGGUAAGGAGGAGCGCCAGCCACAUCGUAACGAUGUCGCCGAGCCUGUCAUCAAUGGGGAGCUCCUCGAACCGUCUGGAACAGUCAUUACUGUUGUCGAAGCACUUGCGCUGGAGAACCUGUUGAGAAAGGCGAUGCAGUUUAGGCCAGAGAACAGGGAGUCUGCUGCUGAGCUGGCCAAGCAUGAUUGGUUUUACAAGGAAUUCUGA